CUCAUCCAAGCUCGUGUCUCCCUUCUCUCUCUUAUAUUAAUCACUCACUCACACAUUCGCCACUUCCACACAGCAUAGUUCACCUUUCCUUUUUUCCCACAGAAAAAAACACCACCUUUCUUUUUCCGACUAAAGGUUCGCCGGAAAAUGCCUCUAUCCUCCUCUUCCUCCUCCGCCGUAGACUCCGCCGUCUCCGGCGAGAUCAUGCUCUUUGGCGUUAGAGUCGUGGUUGACUCCAUGCGGAAGAGUGUGAGUAUGAACAACCUCUCGCAGUACGAGCUUCCUCGCGACGCUGCCAACGCCAAAGACGACGCCGCAGGAUACGCCUCCGCCGAUGAUGCAGCUCCGAUCAACUCCGACAAGAACCGCGACCGCAAGCGAGGGAUUCCAUGGACUGAGGAAGAGCACAAGCUAUUCUUGGUGGGGUUGCAGAAAGUGGGGAAAGGUGAUUGGAGAGGGAUCUCAAGGAACUAUGUCAAAACGAGGACGCCAACACAGGUUGCUAGCCAUGCUCAGAAGUACUUUCUCCGCCGCACCAACCUCAAUCGCCGUCGCCGGAGAUCCAGCCUCUUUGACAUCACCACCGACUCGGUCUCUACAACCCCUAUGGAGGAAGGAGUACAGAUCCAGCAUCAAGAUAAUGUGUCUCUCUUUCAUCCAGUGUACCCUGUAACCCCUGAAGGAAGCAACAUGAAUGGAUUUCCAAAGAUGUCCAUGUAUCCAAAGGAUGUUGGUUCUGGAGUCAUGUCAGUUCAAGCUGGGAAUCCAAUGGAAACACUCACUUUGGGACAAGGAAAUGUGGAACAGAAUGGGCCAAGUACUAAGCUAGUUUGUACAACCCCUAUUGUUCCAGAUCAUAGAGGCUCCACAGUGUCUGAUAUCACUGCAAGUUUGAGUUCCAUUGAUCCACCAACACUGUCUCUGGGGUUAUCUUUGUCAUCCAGUCCAAGACAAACAUCAUCAUCAAUACAUGCAGCUUUACAUGCACUGCCAUACUUCAACAAUCAAGAUAGCAUCAUAAGUGCUGCUUGAAAAAGAUAAACAUAUAUCUGUGGCCCAUUAUCUAUAGCUACUUUGGAUUCACAGAGAUGUUUAUCACUAAUCUACUUUCUCUUUUUGGCGGGAGAAAUAUAAAACAUGUUAAAGGAAAAGAUGAUGAAUUAGAUCCUUCUGAAGGCAAGGUAAUAAGUCAUGAGACCAAUUUGAUCCUUCUGUUCCUUGUACAGACCAUGGAAAGGUCCUGUCAUGUUUUUGUUUAUUGUUUAUUGGCCACUUUUAUGUUUGUAGUUACUAUAACUGAAAAUAACCAAGUACUUCCUGUUAAUUUUUAAUGAAUAUAAAUCUGGACUAUAUCAAAGCAUGAUUUCUAGCCC